UCGAGUUCAAGUGAAGGAUCAACGUCGUCGCCCCAACAGCAAACUAAAAUAAAAAUCAAAGCGUCAAAGAUGGUGAUCUCCGGACAAAAAAUAUGCAGAGUAAAAUCGUCAGAAAAUCCCUCAAAGACUGGAGAAUACCACCACUACAUAGAAAACGUGGGACCAGACUCCGUCAAGGACAGUCUCAAACGUUACGAUAGAAUUGUCCAGAUCAACGACGAAAACAUCAAGGAUUACAGUUGUAGCCACGUCCGACAACUGCUGAAAAAUCUUAGGACAGAAGUAGGGGUGUCGGUAGUGUUGUGGCGAUGGUUAAACAAAGGAAAUAGAACUGAUGUACUUGAGAUCAAACUCGUUAUAGGGGAGACAAGUAGAUGCCACUGUACGAAGGAUUUGUCAAACAUUGAUCUGACCCCUAGAAAGUUCAAAGACAUGACCUGGACAACAUACGAACCUCGGAACUACCAUAUUCGCGUGGCGUGCGAGACCGGGGUGUACUUGUGUGUGGAUAGAAACAUAACAUGUGUUUAUGGAUACCCUAUCAGAGAAAGACGAGAGAUGAGCAUGUGUGCCUGUGUAAUCGACCCUCAAUGUAUCAACAAACUCACUGAUUCCAUCAGGAUGAAAGUAGACUAUACCUUUAGUAGAUUCUAA